AUGCCGAAAAUUCGUUCGUUCACGCCGGCAUGGCUGUCCACGGACUCAACCGACGGCCGCGGCCUGUUCGCAUCCUCGGCAGCAACUGCACGCAAAUCGUCCCUGGCCGCAUCAACAGCCAGCCCACACUCAGCCUCCGCCUACGGUAGCCCCAAGAAGCAGGCAUACAUCCCGGGCCCCAAACGGACGAUUGCCCGGCGGGGUACGGAGGUGUUUGUUGCGAAUGGACGGGAAAUCCGGUGGGCAGAUCUCGUCUCGAUGAAGGACGCGUGGGAAACCACACAAGACGGCUUCACCAAGAGCACGAGCAACACGGCUCCCUCGACACCAGCCUACCGGACACUCAAGCCGCCCGUCGCCAGCGACAUCCGGCAGCUCGUCAUCUCUCCGCAGGCCAACUACAUGGCCAUCCUCACCACGCACACCGUCCACAUCUGUGUUCUGCCCGAUCCGUCCCACCUCGUGGCUGCCCAAGACCCCGACGUCCCGCUCAAGACGCGCUACUUCACCCUGGGCCCGACCACCCACGUCACGACGCGCCAGCCCGUCGUUUCGGCCCUGUGGCAUCCGCUGGGAGUGAAUGGCUCCGCCAUCGUCACCAUCACGCGAGACGCCGUUGUCCGCCUCUGGGAGAUCUCGCCUGUCGACCGGUGGUCUUUUGAUGCGCCGUCCCUGUCGAUCGAUGUGAAGAAGCUUGCCGACGGCACGUGGCUUGACCAGGACUUUGGCGCGUCAGCCAACACCAACACCGGCUACUCGCCCGACUUCUUCGACAUGGAGGUGGCAGCGGCCUGCUUUGGGCCGCGCAGCUCGGGUGGCUGGUCGUCCAUGACGCUCUACUUGGCCAUGCUGGGCGGUGACGUGUACGCGCUGUGUCCCCUGUUGCCCAAGCGCUUUGCGCCGCCCACGGCCUUGAUCCCUUCUCUCUCUGUCGCCAUCGUCUCGAACCUGGCCGCUGUCGAGGACGACCCGAACACCACCCCUCGCGCCAGACAACUCGCCCGCCAGCAACUGGACUGGAUGACCCAGAUCGACAACCAAGAGCCCACAAUUGUCGACUCGGCCGCGCAGUCCGGCCACGAGCCACCCACUGAAAUUUACACACGGCCUUCCAACCCGAGCAUCGUUCCCCGAUUGCAGGGCCCGCUGGAAGUCGAUCUGGACGACGAGUCGGACGACGAGGGCGAGAGCCUGAUCGGCGAGCUCUGCGACAUUUUUGUCAUCGGCGAACGGAUCGACACCGAGUUCCUGACGGGCGACGACGACGAAGGCGACGAGUUGCAGUACGAAGAUCUGAUUGACAGAGAAGACCAAGAGGGCCUGUCUCUGCCCGUCAUCUGCUUGGUUUCGACAACCGGCAAACUGCACAUCUGUCUCGACCUCGUGGGCGUCGAGGCGCAGUGGCUACCACACCGCGGCCACCACGCCCACAAGAGCAGCCUGAGCGGCAGCAUCCUGAACGGCCGGUCAUCGAGUACAGCGUCGCUGGAUACGGCACCCUCGUCUGCACGUCCUCUGCUGACAUUCCAGGUUGUCGACGUCGUGCGGGGGUCGGAGCAGCGCCCCGGCGGCUGGUGCACAUUCAGUCCCGACGUCACGUCGCGCUACUCGUUCUACAUUACCCACCCCGGCGGCAUCACCAACAUCUCCCUGUCGUCGUGGGUGUUCCGCCUGGAGCAGGAGCUGCAAGAGAGCACGGACACGGGGGCUGAUUUCCGGGUGCGGCAGCUCGUCACGGGAGAGAACACACAGCGGCAGCGGGUGUACACGCACAACCGCGACGAGGCCCUGGCGACGUGCACAUCGCUUCUGGACCCUGAUCUUGGCUACUUUCUGCUCUCUGCGACAGAGCACGCACCAGUGGCCAUGUGCUUCGAAUCCCCGGACGGUGAGGAUGGCGGCUUUGGCGGCGCGGCCCCCGGAUUCGAAAGCAGCAGCCAGAACAACAACAAUACCAGCAACGCUGCUGCUUUUCAGACGACAGCGGCACGAUCCGCCGCCGAAGAGGCCGAAGACAAGGCGGUGCUCGCUCUCGAUUUCUGGAAGGCCCGGCCGGCGUUUGAGACGCCGCCCGAGCUGCUCGCCAAGUCGGAGCUGUCGCAGGCCAAGAACAUGCUGUUUUCCAGCCGCUACCAGAUGCUGCAGCACCAGGAGGUGCGUCUCUCACCGGCGACGCUGGCCAUCUUCACCAACGCGCACAAGCUCGUGGGCAAGGAGACGGGCCGGCUGAACCACGCAGCGGCGCAAAUGUUCACCAAACUCGAGGACCUGCCGAUCCACCUCCGCGAACAGGUCGAGUCGACCUACACCCUGAAGCGCCGCAUUGACAUGAUUGCCGGCGAAGACCAAGGCGCCGACGACGACCAGGACGGCGGCCUGACCGACAAUGUCCGCCUGCGGCAGCGUCUGCAGCAGGCCCAGGACCGGCACAAGGCGUUGACGGAGCGCAUGGAGCGGCUGCGGCGGACGUUUGGCCGUGCCUCGGCCCGGCCGCUCAGCGACAAGGAGCGUGUGUGGUCCCAAGAGGUCCAGGCGCUCGAUACCAGCCUGCAAAAGGCGGCGGCGGUCCCGUCCGAUGCCGACAGCAGUGCCACCACAAACACAAAACUGCUCGGCCCAGCCUCGCCGUCCAAGGCCGCCAGCGACAUUGGCCUCCGCGUCGUGCAGAUUCGCGGCCUGUGGGAUGACCUGUCCAAGCAGGCCGACGGCAUUUUGCAGAAGAGCGGCGGCGGCGGCGGCGGCGGCACAUCCACGGACGACAUCAAGUCAUCCGUGGCCUCGCUGGUGUCCGUGAAUAGCCGGACCAGCACACCCUCGCCGCCGGCCUCUGUGACGGGCAACACGGCCGGUGCCGAGGGCAGAUCUGGCACGUCCGCUUCGUCUCGCCUCAGCCAUGCACUCCAGGUGCCGGCGGACGUGCGCAAAGCCAAGAUGGCCCAGGUCACGAAACUGCUCGAGCGCGAGACGGCCAUGGUGGAGGCGGUCACGGAGCGUCUUGAGCGGCUGGGCGUGACCUCGUAG